AUGGAUUCUACAAAACCUCAAUCAUCACCUGUUAUUUCACGACUUGAUAAAAAUUUAGUACAUAAAAUUUGUUCUGGUCAAGUGGUCGUUACACUUGCUUCAGCUGUGAAAGAACUCUUGGAGAAUAGUAUUGAUGCAAACGCCUCUAAAAUAGAAAUUAAGUUAAGAGGUCAUGGUAGUGAUUCUAUUGAAGUAAUUGACAAUGGCAGUGGAAUCAAAGAAGAAGAUUUUGAAGGUCUUACUGGAAAGUAUUGUACUUCAAAACUAAACACCUUCGAUGAUUUAAGUUCAGUGGAAACCUAUGGUUUUCGUGGGGAAGCUUUAUCUUCACUGUGUCGUCUAGCAAGAGUCACUAUACACACAUGUGCAGCAGGCGUGAAAAUGGGUACAAAACUUGAAUUUGACUCAUCAGGACAAAUAGUUAACCGACGUGGUAUGGCUAGAGCACAAGGCACUACUGUAUGCGUAAAUGAAUUAUUCUAUGAUCUACCAGUUCGUCGACGUCAUCUGACUGAUCCAAAUCGUUUAUCUAAAGAAUUUUCAAAAGUUAUCAAUCUGUUAACAGCCUAUUGUCUUGUCUGUGUUGGCAUACAAAUCUCAUGUAAUCGUAUUGGAAAGAAAGGUGAAUUAAUUAAUGUUAUCUCAAAUGGUCCAUCUAUAUCAGUCAAGGAUAAUAUUGCUGCGAUUUUCGGUCAUACACAGUUGAAUAGUCUUAUGGAAUUGGAAGAAAUCGAUGCCAUUCCAGAUGAUAUAUGCGAAGAGUUCGACAUCAAUCGGACGUCUGAUCAAAAUUCUAUCAGGAUAUCUGGAUAUGUGAGUAAACCUCCAAAUCUUAUUUCAACUGAUAAUAUAUCAUCGCCAGUGAUGAAUUCCUCCUUGACACUGUCAUCAUCAUCAAACGGGAAACGUCGUGCUUCAUCUGUCUGUGGUCAUUCCUCAUCUGAAAGACAAUUUGUUUAUGUCAAUGGUCGACCAUGUGAUCUCCCGAAGUUAACACGUCUAGCUACCGACCUAUGGCGUCGUUGUUCUCGAGAAGCUUAUUCAUCAAUCACUUCUGGGAUAAGUUUACCCAAUCGAAGUACAUGUGCUUCAUUUCCAGUCCUUGUAUUAAUGUUAACUAUGCCUACAAAAACUGUUGAUAUCAAUUUAACUCCAGACAAAAGGACUCUAUUAUUACAUCAUGAGAAUUAUGUUCUGGCUUUAGCUAAAGCAGUACUUGUUAAAACUUUAUUUAAUUCUAUUGGAAUGGAUAUCGAUAGUCUGUCACAGUCAAGAUUAAAUCUCAAUGAAUCACAAAUUGUAACAAUGCCGAAUAAUCAUGAUGGGAAUGAUCGUGAAAAUGGCGUCGGCGGUGAUAGUGUCUUCGGUGGCUCUCAGGAAGUCUCUUUUUCUACUCCAACGUAUCCACGUCAAUCUACUCUAUCGGAUAAUGGUGUAUCAUCAACUAAAAGAGCACCCUAUUCUGAAGAUGUACAGUCAACACAAAUAGAAAUAAUCAACCUUACACCUGAAACACCUAUACGUCAAUCCAGAGACGAAAAUAUCUCCUUGGAAAGUAGUCAACCAAUUGAUUCCCAAGAAGGCGACGUGGAAAAUUGUGAUGAAAUUGACAAUAUGGAGGAUCAGAUAUAUUUCAAUAAUAUACAUUUAGAAUCAACGGAGGUGAAUUUUUCUAUGGACAAUUUACGUAAUCGUUGGAGUGAACUGCUACAGACGUUGUCAUCUACUCAUGGAAUCGAUCAAUCCUCCAGGAAUGAUGUUGUCGGAUAUGAUGAUGAGCAGGGUGAUAAUAAUAAUAAUACCAAUAAUGACUGUGAUGUGGGGAAUUUUUCAUUUGGACAAUUUAGAGCUACAGAAGAUAAAGAAGCUGAGAAUGAAUUGACAAUGUAUUUCAAAAAAGAAACAUUCAAUAGUCUUCAAGUUAUUGGACAAUUUAAUCUUGGCUUUAUUAUUGCACGUCAUCGCAACGAUUUAUUCAUUAUUGAUCAACAUGCAAGUGAUGAAAAGUAUCGAUUUGAACAAUUGGCUGAAAAUUAUCGAUUUAAAAGUCAACCUUUAGUUGUGCCACAGAAGCUACAUUUAACCAUUGCUAAUGAACAAAUAUUAAUCAAUAAUUUGGUUGUUUUCGCGAAAAACGGAUUCGCAUUUCGUAUUAAUGAUAAUGAACCACCAGGUGAACAAGUGUUUCUUGUCGCUGCACCAAUGUUAGAGAAUAAGCUGUUCAGUUACAGAGAUAUUGAAGAAAUGCUGUUCGUUUUAUCUGAAACAUGUACUAAAAGAUGUCGACCAUCUCGUCUGAGAGAUAUACUCGCUUCAAGAUCAUGUCGUAGUGCUGUUAUGAUUGGGACUGCAUUGGAUCAUAAGAAAAUGAAACGAAUUUUAACAAAUAUGAGUACAAUGGAUCAUCCUUGGAAUUGUCCACAUGGUCGUCCAACUAUGCGGCAUCUUUUUCAUUUAGGUAUCUUAGAUAAAGAAUGA